UUUAGCCGACUUAUUAAAAUGGCAAUAAAAGCAUGACAGGCCCUGCCUUCGUUUCCAUUUCCCUGAUUAUUUUUCAUCAGAAAUAUUUGACCUUCCAAAACUACAAAAUCAAUUCCAUCACGGUUCAAUUUCUAUUCUAUUCGACGAUCGCGACCUUGGAUUUCACAGAGAGAAGAGCCAGAUUCCCAAAACACUAGGGUUCUCUGAUGGCUAAUUGGGCCUGACCGGGGAAGGUUAGUAAUGGCCGACAAGAUCAAGAACGAGGCCAGCAGCAGCAGCAGUAGUAGCGGCAGCGGCACCGGCAGCAGCAGCGGAGGCGAAAGCGUCGUGGUCGAUGUUGGCCGCCGCAGAAGCUCUUGCGGCUAUUGUAGAUCCGGUGGACGCACCAGCAUUUCUCAUGGUUUGUGGGCACACAGUUUGACAGUUGAUCACUACCAAGCCCUUCUUGACAAAGGUUGGAGAAGAUCUGGUUGUUUCCUUUACAAACCUGAGAUGGAAAGAACAUGUUGCCCUUCUUAUACUAUCCGCUUGAAGGCAAUUGAUUUUACCCCUUCUAAAGAGCAACUGCGAGUGUAUAAGCGGAUGCAAAGGUUUCUGGAUGGCACAUUGGAUGUGAAAAGGAGAGAGGUCAUGGAUGAGCCAAAUACUUCUAAGAGUUCAAGGAGCUGUGCCUCUGAUCAAAUCACAAGUUCAGCAGCAAGGGAAUCCUCACUGGGUAAAGGUGAAGACAAGAACAAGGCUGAUAAAUUUAUGCAUUAUUUGUCAGAGCAGAUUGAUAAUGUGGUCCAUGCAUUAGCUGGAAGUGGAGAAUUUCCUCGUAAUAUUCAAUUACCUAAAGCUUGUGUCAAAAAAGUUGCACCCUCCAAAAGGAAGUUACUUAUUCAAAGAUCUGAAGAUCUAUUGUUCUCCUGCAAUAUCUCUUUCCAGAUUGCAGCUGCACUAAGGCGGGCAGAGAAGGAUGUAAACAAUUCAAAAUUGUCAGGAGAUAGUGCAGGAAAAAAUCUUCAGUCUCUUGAACUUUCACCAGAGCUGAUUGCAGAAAAAGUCACAAAUUUACUAAAUCAAUUGGCUGAAAGCUCUGGUGUGUCAAUUAGAGCUUGCAAUGGGCAUAUUAACUUCUAUUCUGCUACAAAGCAAGCAUGGUUGGAUGAGGUGGUGGACGAAGUUCCUGUCUCUAAAGGGUCUCUUACAGGAACUGGAACUAAAGGGAGUUGUUCAAAGAUCUCUAAAUUUCCUCAGGGAAAAAGACGGAAGCUUGAGUACCGUUUAAAAAGGUCAAGUUUUGAUCCAGAAGAAUAUGCCUUGUAUAGGAAAUACCAGAUUAGAGUGCAUAAUGAUACACCUGAGCACGUGACAGAAAGCUCGUACAAACGGUUUUUAGUUGACACUCCCUUGGUAUUUGUUCCACCUACUGGUAAUGGUUCAGUUGCUUCCUGUGGUUUUGGUUCAUUCCACCAGCAAUAUUUGAUUGAUGGCCGUCUAGUCGCAGUUGGCGUGAUUGAUAUUCUCCCUAGAUGUUUAUCAAGUAAAUAUUUAUUCUGGGACCCAGAUCUUGCCUUCUUAUCGCUAGGCAAGUAUUCAGCCCUGCAAGAGAUAGAUUGGGUGAAGCAGAGUCAACUCAGCUGUCCGAGCCUCGAGUAUUAUUAUCUUGGCUAUUACAUUCACUCCUGCAGCAAGAUGAGAUAUAAAGCAGCCUAUCGCCCUUCUGAGCUUCUCUGUCCCCUUCGUUACCAGUGGGUGUCAUUUGAUAUUGCAAGGCCUUUACUUGAUAGGAAACUCUAUGUUGUUCUGUCUGAUUUCUCCAACACUCUGAAUGGAGAGGCCUUGGCACCUAUUUCUCUUGAUAAUAGCAUGGAAGUCCAAACUGAUUAUGCUGGCGAAGAAGACUUGAAUGACAUGCCCGUUGAUGAUGAUGAUGAAAUGUCAGAACUUGAUUUUGAAGAUUCUGAUGAUGAAUCAGGUUCAGAACCCAGUGUUUUGACUUCUGUGCAAAUGGAAGAUGGAAGUGUUGGUGAUAUUUUGAUUGGGUUAAAGGGAUCUCGUGUGAGAUAUAAGGAUCUGCAACAUGCUUUUGUUCCUCGGGAAAGAGGCUACUUGGAAACUCAGUUGCACAAAUACAUGAGCGCGGUGGGCACGGAACUCUCUAAGCAAAUGCUUUAUUCACUAGGCUGAUUCACAAGUAAAGGGGAUUAGAUGGUGCACUUUCUUCUUCUGUAGUCGAGAGAUUAUGCAUACGUGUCUGUAUCCGUGAUCAAGUUGGAGCUCUAGAUGCGGCUGCUGACGCCGGCGUUGCAUUUUCAAGGUUAUUCCUCAAAAUUCUUGGUUAAGUGUUGGGUUCAUCUUUCUGGAAUCAAUUAGCAAUGGAUUUGCAUCUUCUGGUUGAAAAAAAGAUGUUGAUGAUGUGUUUUGGACUAGUUAACUGCCUGGACUUCUUAUUGGAUAAAUUGAUAAUGAUAUUAUGUGGUUAUAUUAUUCCUCCGUUUACUAA